AUGGAUGACAGCAUGGGAAAUGAAGGAAAUGAGUAUAAACAAAACGACAACUGGGCUUCAUCUGAGGAGCAGCCGUCCACUUCAGCAAAUUCAAAUUCAAGUGUUGCCGAAUCUGUUAAACGACAAAAAUUGAGUCGUAAGAUUCAUAUCGCGGUUGCUGGUUGUUCGCAUGGUGAGAUGGAUAAAAUUUAUGCAACAAUGGCAGAGAUCGAACGACGAGAAGGCUAUAAAUUCGAUUUGCUCAUUAGCUGCGGUGACUAUGAAGCAGUUCGAAACUAUGGUGAUUUGAAGCAUAUGCAUGUACCUGAGAAAUAUCGACAUUUGCAAAGUUUUCAUCGUUAUUAUUCUGGCGAAUCAGAAGCACCAGUAUUAACGAUUUUUAUGGAGGGAAUCAUGAAGCUUCGGGUUAUCUUCAAGAAUUACCUUAUGGUGGAUGGGUCGCGCCAAAAAUUUUCUAUUUAG